AUGAAAAUCCUAAAAUAUGCAGAUUUCUUUGGGGUUCCAUUCAUAUAAAAUAUAGAUCAUUAAUAAACAAAAUAUAAAAGUACACUUGGGGGAAUAAUAACAAUUACAAUCUUUACAGCCAGUUUAGCUUAUGUAUUUUGGGUUGGUUACCUUUGGUAAACUAAUUAGAUGAGCCCAAAAAUAUCACGUUAAAAUUACAUAUCAGACUAUUCUUUGCUAGACUUGAGUGAGGAAGUUGUAAGAAUAUACUAUUGGCAAGAUCGCGAAGGCAAAAUUGAUCCAUUUGAACAUAAAAUUUUAUUGCCAUUAAUUGUGUACUCUAGUGAGAGCGUAUUGACAGAUCCUUUAUUAAUAACAAAUCAUUACACCACACCUUUUGGAGAAGUUUAUGUACCAGAAAUGAAAUUUGGUUUUUCUUAUGAUAAUGGUUAUAUUUACACUUCAGGAGAAAUGUAUAUCGAAAUAGUUUUGUGUUCAGAAGCAUAUUUAUAACCUGGUGAAAAAUGUGCAUCAGCAGAACUUAGAGAUCAAUUUUUUGCAUAAAUAAAUAAUGUGGUUUAAAUUGAAUUUUUCACUACAUCAAUAGAUCCUCGAGAUGGAUCAAAACAACGUGGAUACUAAGAAUUUACUAUUUAAAUUGAGUAACAAUAUUGUUAUUCAGUGUAAUCUUAUUUUAAAACAACCUUGUUUGAACUUUAAAAGUAUUUUUUAUUUGGCUUCCCUCAAUUCAAAGAAUAUAUUGUAGACGUAUUAAUACAAACUUAAACUAAUUCUUUGGAAUAUUGUUAAAAAAUUUAUGAGAAUAACGUAAUUGCAAUAGUCUAUCUUGGAAUGACAGGGACUCAAGAAAAAACCAUAUUUGAGUAUCCACGUAUAGGAGAUUUAUUGGCGAAUAUUGGAUCUAUUGUCUCAAUCCUAUUUACAAUCAAAUAUUUUAUUAUUUUGUCAAAUGAAUAUUUUUUAAAUUAAAAGGUAUUGAACGAACUCAUAAGUAUUUAUUACCCAGAAUUUACAAAUAUACAAAUAAAAAAGAAUUGGAGAGGUAGGAUAGUUGAAGCAAGUUUAAAUAAGAUAAAUCUAGAUAUUAAUAAUUAUAACAAAUUUUAUGAGAAGGUUUCUCAACAGAUGAGAAAAAAGUUUAGUUAUUUGAAUCUAUUGUAUGAAAUAUCUAGGCUGUAUUUUGUUAUGAGAUCAUCAAAAUUUAGAAAUGAAUUUCAGAAAUCUCAUUAAAUAGGGAUAAAGAUAAACAUGCUUUAGUAGAAAGAGAGUGAAAUUGUUUUCACUCCAAAGUCAGAAAAAUCUUUUGAAAAUAAUUAUAUCUUAAACGAUGAUGAUGCAGACAUAUUAUCUUACUCCAGAAAAAAAAUUGAUAAAAAUUAUGAUCUAAUUUCAGAAGAGAUAUAUAAUGAAAUAGAUUAUUAUUUUAUGAAUAAGAUUUCAUGA